GUAAACAAACUACGAGAACCUCACAGAACCUUCGCAAGAAUGGACACGCAAGGAAGUGACCCAACAUCUCUCUUUUCUGCCCAGCCUGGCAAACCUUGUCGGGCGUGCACGGAUUUCAGGUCAUGGAUGAAGCAACAAGGAAGCCUCCAGGGGGCUUCUAAGUCUGGUAAGGAAGGAGAAGAGAAAAACAGUUCAUCACAGAACAAUCAAAAGGAUAACACAAACGCAUCUAGUUCAGCGUCAGGAUCUACUUUGAACGGAAAUGUAAAAUCGGCGACAGUUGACCCAGAUGACACGGAUGUUCCUCUAACAGGAAAUGCUGCCAAAUACGGGUGUCCUGCAGAUAGUUUGUCCCUUGGGCGAGGGUCAUGGAGACUUUUACAUAGCAUGGCAGCAUACUAUCCAGAGAAGCCAUCAGCUGACCAACAGAAGGACAUGUCCACUUUUAUCACAAUAUUCUCAAAAUUCUAUCCUUGCCAGCCAUGUGCAGAGGAUUUCAGAGACUGGUUGAAGAAGAACACUCCAGAUGUUUCUUCACAGAAAGGACUCUCUCGCUGGUUUUGUGAAGCCCACAAUGAAGUCAACAGGAAACUGGAGAAACCAUUAUUUGACUGCAGUUUAGUAAAUGAGAGAUGGCGUGAUGGUUGGAAAGAUGGAUCUUGUGAUUAAAUUAUUUUAUAUGUAUUUAUUUAUUUUAUUGCAAGAAAUGUAUAACCACACUCUUAAAUUUAAAAAGAUUAGAGUGACUUUAAAGUGCAAUAUAUUUGUGUAUCGGCUGAUGCGCUUUGAAUAUUUACAAAUAGAAAAUGAUGAUUGCUAUAGCAGUUAUGAUUCAUUCCAGAUACCUUGAUAAUUCAAGUGAUAGCUCUGAGUUGCAAGUUGCAUUAUCACAUUACUUAGAUUUCAGAUAGAACCCUGUUAGCAAUGUUUAUAUUAGCUAUGGAUUUUUUUCUUUUGUUUCAUCAAGGCUGGUGAAAUGUUUCACAUGCCAUCACUCAAAUAAAAGAGCUAUUUUGACCAAGUUAACCCAUGAUGCAGAAUGCAGUAUACAUGCACUGUUAAUUCUGGUUUUGUUUAUGAAUUUUGUCUACACAUAGAUGGCAUCAGAAGCACAUAGUCAUUAAAAAGUGAGUUAACAGGCCAACUCAACCUCGCCAGUUACCCCAUUCCUAGAUUUUACAGGAAGGAAAUGUUUAAAUUUUAUUAGUCAAUAUUGUUAAUAAUGAAGUCAUGAUAAUGAUUGUAAUAAUGAGAGCAAUAAAUCCCCCAAAUUCAAGGAUUAGGAUAAUCAGGUCAGACCAAAUAGGCCUAACAGCUGACUCCUUAAUAAAUAAGUGCUUGUAAAGUAAUCUGUGUGUAAACAAAACUAAUAUAACAAAAUUACAGUAGACAGGGCAUGUACUAGUUGCCAGUGGUUUAUGCUUUAGUUGAAGGGAGCAAAUGUAUACACACUAGUUUUAUUAUUUCCCUUUUUAUGUUUCGGUUAUCAGAAUAACAAGGCUGAUUAGAUACUGGUAAGAAAACUCAGGCAGAACUUCUCCGUGAUCUUUUUGCAUGUUUCUUUUUCAUUUUUAGAUAUUUACUCGCAUCUGUAAAGUUUUGGGUGUGUGAUUAAUGUAGGGUUUAUCGAUGAUGAAGAAGCACAAGACUGAGUAUUGUAUAAAUAUGUGAUAACCUUGUAAAAAAUGUACAGCUAUGAAAGUUACUUUUAAUUUUUGAUGUGAUUGUCUGCUCUGUAGAGUACUUAUAUAAGACAGUGGGUUUUUAAAUGUGCUCAGUUUUAAGGAAUUUAUAUGUGUAUUCUAACAUUGAGAAAUUUCAGUAUAAAGAAAUAUUGAUGGAGUUAUCAGUUGAAGACCUGUGUUCCAAAUAGAAUAUGGUGUAAUAUAGGGAUACCGCUACAAAACACAGUGGUGCUAUCUUUAACAGUUUGUGAUCAUUGUGUAAGUAUUGUAUAAAGAUGUAUAUAUUGUUGAAUUAAUGUUUUAAAUUACACAGUCUUGCAAAAA